AUUGAAGCUGAACUCUCUUCAUAUUCUUGACAUGAACAUACACAAACAGAGCCGAAAUUUGACUACUUGUGAGAGAGCGAUAGAGCAAGCUGUUGAUAUUCCAUAAGACUACACAAAACAACACCAAAGCUUACUCGGAGGAAACAAAUCAUGGAGCAUUACGAGCCAGUAGCACCGUCAUCGUCAUCGCAGCCCCGCCUUACACAUCUCCCAUACGAGCUCAUCAACAACAUCGCCGUCUUUCUACCGAGACAAGAUUUCAAAAAGUUCAGACUUUCAUGUCAAAGGAUUGCAGAAUGCACAAAAGUACUCCUUGCGUUACCCAAUUUCGAUGGCGUCCCGUGGAGGAAAGAUGGUGAACGACUUCACCAUCUUUCCCUUGUACCGAGCUGCGCAAGGCGCAUUCACUCGGUCAAGUUCAACAUGGCUCGCUUGGUUGAGGAAGAGGUCGAAUACGCUACAUCGCGAAUCAUCAACGCAGAUGAACUGCAUAGAGCCUGGGGCCCUUAUCUUGAGACUCAAGAUGUGUUCCUCGACCCAAUCGAGCUGCCUCUUGACUUGGUAGUUCCAGCUAUCAUGAGGCUACCCAAUCUUGAUUCCGUGUGCUUGACUUGGACGCAGUGUCCUUGGCAAGAUUAUAGGGCAAUUGACGAUGUCUUUAGCUCGGAAGAAUCUAUGGAAUUAGCUGGUGACGAGAUCUUAGAGUCACAGCAAGCCAUCUUGGAUGCCCUACUCAGACGCAACGUACCACUCAAGAGUCUAACAAUCGAGCCCAUAAUGCAUCCGGACCUGAAGUUACCAUCCACGCUGGACCCAAGAGUAUCAACAGUCUUUGGGUCGGUGACCCAGCUACACUUGCAUCUGAAAUACGACGUCAUGUCCUUCAGGCCAGACCGCCUCGAUUACUUCAUCUCUUUGAUGCCCAGCAUCCGAGACCUAAAAGUCUACAACACUCCUGUCGAGUUCGAAGCCAGCGAUGUUGACUUCUACAUCACUAAAAGGCUUCGUCACCUUGAGAAGAUCGACCUAAGCUGUUUACACAUCAGCUUUGUGCACUUUGUCCGUCUAAUUAUCGAACACGGUUCAACACUAAAGGAAGUUGACCUGCAGAGUAUAUAUGGAUGGUGCGAUCCUUUCAGUUCAAUUGACAUCGAUUGGGAUUUCAUCUUUAAGCUUAUGAGGGAGAAACUCGAGGUGUUGGAGACGGUUCGAAUCAAUGGCAGGUUUAGUGACAACGUGGGCUGGUAUCAGAUCUUCUUUCGUAACGAUGUGCCUACUGUGGACACGAUUGUUAGGAUUAUGGGAGAGAAGAGCGGAAGGCUUGAGAAGUAUAUACUGGAGGGAGGGGAGUAUCCGCAACCUUUGUGGAGGAUCUAAGGGGUAACGUAACGUCCAUGAUCAAGGGUAUUACUGGGUAUGGGACAAUGUUGAGGGGUUAAUGAAUUAUGAUGUUAAGGAACUUUUCUUUGGAGUUAUAUGAUAAUGAGGCGAGAAGUAUCUGCACAAAGAUAUGAUAUGGAGCGAACACUGGGCCACUGCCCUUUUAAGGGAGAUAUUGGGAAGCAUAUUAUUACUAGCUUUGUCUACAGCAAUUGUUAACAGUGUGUGGU